CUCUUGUUUACAUUCUUUGACGAAUCUAGCAGGUCUUCUAUCAUGCCUGGGAACAGUUGAUUAAUUUUUGCGAUUGACAGUACAGCUUGUAUUUUUUUUUUCAUCUGUUGUCUUCCGGGCCAUGGCUUCAACUCAAAGCGGGGGCUGUCUCUGGGUAACGUUACUUCUACUCUUGGUUCUCCGGUGUCCCGGGUUGAUGGUCGCCGCGGAGCAGGUCGCUGUGGUGGAGGUUUUCCUGGAUCAGCGGCCCGGUGUCAGCGCUCUGCUCGAGGGAGAGGUGGUGGAGUCUAGCGGGGGAAGCAAGACCACUGAGCUCCAGGACGACGACCAAGAGGAGCUGGAGGGAGAGCUGGUCCUUUUUAAGGAUGAGGAGACUCAGGUGAGAGGAGGAAAACAAAAGGAUGACACCAAAGAGCAUGAGCCAUGGAUCGGGCUGGUGCCUGUGGAGAUGGAUGACAACAAAGCCUCCACAGGAAACCAAGAGUCCUUUGCUGAUGCCAUGGUUAAUAAAAUGAAGAGAGCAUUGGUCCUUGGUGCGUCUGCACUCAUCAUACUGGCGCUCAACCAAAACACUGUCAGUGAGAUGGAUCUGUCUCAGGUGAUUUCUAAGCCCAUCAUUGUGAUCCAGACUUCUGAAAAUGUCACAAAGCUGAUUGGAGCUCUGCUCAGGGGUCUUCAAGCGACAGCAAAAAUCACCUACAGGACAAUCUUACAGGACAACCUGGGAGCCACGCUCACGCUGUGGUCCAGCUGCGGGCGGUCGAGAGGAGGUCGCUACGGGGAGUGGCAGGGGGUCAUAUGCACGGGGGAGACCAACUCCCAGGUCCAGAAAUACCUGCAGCAGCUGUGGGACACGGUCCUGCUGGUGGCUCUGAUCAUCAGCACUGGAGUCAUUGUCCAGGCUCGAUGGCAGUACCAGGACCAGCAGCUCCACGAUGACCUGCAGCUCCUCCCAAAACAGGACGUCCUGAAAAGAAUGUCGUCCCUUAAAACGAAAACUUAUUGUCAGCCCAAGCGGUGGUGUGACCCGACCCAGCCGGCAGAGACGGACAACUGUGCAGUGUGUCUGGAGCCGUUCAACAACAACCAGUGUCUGCGAGUGUUGCCGUGUCUUCAUGAGUACCACAGAGAGUGUGUGGACCCCUGGCUGCUGCUGCAUCACACCUGUCCUCUGUGCAAACGCAGCAUCCUCAGCAGUGUCUGCAAAGACAGUUAACGAUCGGCCCACUUAGGACUCUUGCAGCAGCGACAGCUGUUCAGAUCUCCUCUCUUCCUCGGUGUCACUCCAGUAGCCUUUUUUUUUUUUUUUUUAACUGACCUCAGUGAUGGACCCUUGGAGCAUAAACACAAACUCCUCAGCAGCUGGUCGGACGUCCUGGACUGUAGAGCGGUCUGAUUCUGACGUCUGACACCCCGCUGCUCUCACAGACAUGCAUAGUAGUAUAACAGAAAAAUCUCUAAAGUACUGUAGUGGUACUGUUGUGUGUGAACAGUACUUCUUCUUGGGAUCAUGUUACUGUACAAUAGUUGAUAUAUGUGUUUGUCCUGGCUGAUCUACAGCAGUGAAGAUGUGACUCAUGAAGGUGUUAGUGCUCAGUGUGACUCUUCAUGUAUAAAUCUUGAGCUCUGAGUUUUGUAUGAACAGCAGAGCUACAAUAUGUUUGGCUUUAAGCGGUGAACACUGAUAACCCUGAGCAAGUAUUUGAAAUCAGUUGUUUCUGCAUGACCAUUAUAAGCUUUGGUUUUUAAAUAUGACUGAUUAACAGGCUUUAAGUUUAAAUGUCACUUUAGGUCCAAAUGAUGUUAAAAACAACUUUAAAGUGGACUGAGAGUUUAAACCUGAAAGCUCUGGUGUCCAGCACGCGCUUAGCUUUUAAAUGUUAGUCGUACAGGUUGUGUAGUUGUCCAGAAGUUAAGUAAGCUAACGCCAGAGCAGAUGGUUAAAGUUUUUGCAUUUAACCUAAAUCUGCCUUAUGACUGAACUAGAGAGAAACCCAAACCAUGAACUUCUUCAUUAACACUUUAAACUUGAAUCAGUUACAGUAUGUUACAGUUAAAGAAGCUGUUGUGAUUUCAUUUUAAACUGGAAGUGAUACAGUAGGUUGGUUCAUGUUUUGUAGAGUCUGUGGCCAUAACUGAGUGUGAUUCUUAUUUUUUUUUUUUAUGUUUUAGACCACCUAAUGAUAGGUCUUUACAUUCACCAUACAUUCAUCUUAGCCCCCUGCUGACAUACAGCUGCACAGGUAAUCCUAAUAAUAACCAUACUAGAAAUGUUGAAUCUAAACACACACAGUCAUAGUUUUUGUCAAGAAUGGCAUCGUCUUAAUUUCAUUACUUUUUUCAGAUCUAAGAAAUAAUGUCAGACAUUUAGGAGGGGGGCAUUCUUCUGUUAAUAGAAGAUCAAUACCACUCAGAUGUCUGGACAGUAAAUAUGAAGCUACACCAGCAGCUGAUUAUCAUAGCUAAGCAUGAAGGCUGAAACAGUUAGUCGGACUAUCCUUAAAGGUCACAAUGUGUGACAACCGGUUUAUACAUAAUCAAACCAAAAAAUACAUUUUUUUUGGUCUGCAACUUUCUAGCAUCUGUGCUUACAAUGGCCACAUGCCUCCUCUAUGACUUCACUUUUCACAUCAGACAUUCUGCUAAUACACAGCCUGCAAUGAAACUGAAAUGAGAGUGGUACAGUAGGACACUUCUAAACAAUCUCUCGAGAAAGAAAAUGUUUUUUGUUAAGUUCUAUUUAAAGAUUUGUAUACAAAAAAGUGAAGACUAUUUAAUAAACAAACAGCAUACUGUG